AGAGUUCAAAGGUGAACAAAGCCUUACGAUCCUCCAUUAAAAAUGGCAAAGCAUCAUCCAGAUCUGAUUUUCUGCAGAAAACAAGCUGGUGUCGCGAUCGGGAGACUUUGUGAGAAAUGCGAUGGGAAGUGCGUCAUCUGUGACUCGUACGUGAGGCCGUGCACACUGGUCCGGAUCUGUGACGAGUGUAACUACGGCUCGUAUCAAGGCCGCUGUGUGAUCUGCGGCGGUCCCGGCGUGUCGGAUGCGUACUACUGUAAAGAGUGCACCAUCCAGGAGAAAGACCGAGACGGCUGUCCAAAAAUUGUAAAUUUAGGCAGCUCUAAAACUGAUCUCUUUUAUGAAAGGAAGAAGUACGGCUUCAAGAAAAGGUGAAGACAACUGCCAAUUUUUUUUUAAUUUGUGUCGGUUUUAUUUUAAAAAGUUCAAUCUUUUUCAAUAAAAGUCUCUUGUAUAUUUG